AUGUCUACUGAAAAUUCAGGUGUGGUUGUUGGUAAUGAUAAACUUUCUGAAAGAACUGAAAUACAAGAGUCUAUUGAUACGAGUAACGUGAGGGAUAAUUCCUCACAACAGUCCCAAAAUCCAUUAAAUCCCACAGGUACUAGAAUGAGAAGUGGUAGUCUCAUCUUUAAAGGUCAAGAUCUGCUACAGGAGACGAAACUGCUUAGGGAUACCUUAGAUUUACUUUGGAAUCAUACAUCUGAACAAAGAAAAUUGUGUGAACAGUUAAAGGAGGAGAACGAGUACUUACAGGACUAUAUCAGUAAUUUGAUGACUUCUAGUAAUGUGUUGGAUAAAUGA